AUGUCAGGAUCAGACGCAGAUCAGCUGGAGGAAUGGCAGGAGCUCCUCUCGUCCUACCAGUUCUCCAUCACCGAUAACUACUGCGAAGUUGCUGCGCUCGCGGUACUUUUCUAUGAUCACAUGCUUACCUUGCCCGCAGAGGUGAGGUUCCUCUGGACGCGCAAGUUCUCCGGGGCGACGCUCUUGUUCAUGCUGAACCGAUAUAUCACGCUAUUUGGGAAGACCAUCUUGCUUGUUACUGGUUUCUCGUGGCCAAACCAGACAGAUGCGGUUUGCGCGGCACCGGUGUACUUGGUCGAGAUAUCCACUAUCAGUGUAUACAUCAUCGUCGCGCUGAUAUCCGCGCUCCGCAUAUAUGCGAUAUGGAACAAGGACUGGAGGCUCUUCGCGCUUGUCCUGGCGGUCGGCCUCGCCGUCCCCGCCAUCAAUAUAUACCAUUAUGCUAACUCUGUUCCAGCCGCAUUCGCGCCGUGGCCGCUGUACGGCUGCGCAGAGAAUGCGUCGCUGAGUCCCGCGGUAUUUGCCAACAUAUAUGCUAUGUUUCCUGAGAGCAUGCUGACUGCAGAUGCAGUGUCGCUUGCGACACAUUCGUGUGCGAUCGGUGUCGAUGCCCUCGUACUCUUUCUUACAUGGAUCAAGACGUAUGGGAUCAGGAAAGUUGCAUCGCAGAUGCAUAUCAAAGCUACGAUUUCGACGCUUCUGCUUCGGGAUGGCACUAUUUAUUUUGGGACCAUGCUGGCCCUCAAUGUUGUCGAUCUCAUCAUCGUGCAAAGCGACGUGAUCUUCAACCCACUCCCCAACUUCAUCGACGUAAUAACGUGCAUCCUGAUCUCGCGCUUCCUCUUGAACCUGCGCGAGGUCGUCGUCGACGGGGACGGCAACCAAGGCGAGUCGCUCGACGUGUCGGCGCGGCUAUCUCUGCAGUUUGCAGCGAGUGUGCUAGGGAAUAUUGGUGCGCCCCUCGAGCAUACCAUGUGGUCGGCGAGGCACGAGGGUGUGGAGGAAGAAGGGGAGGAGGAGGAACAGCGGGAGCGGGUGCUUAGGGUGUCGAGUAACCCGCUCAUGGUCGGCCUUGGAAUGGAGGACGAUGGCGUGUCUUCGACUGAGUGCAACCCAGUCAAGUUCAGCACGCCACACGACGUGGAAAAUUCCCCUGCCUCAAUGUGA